AUGGGUUCGGUUCCUCCUGAACUGAGCUUGGAUUUUAGACCCACUUUUGUACCUAAAACGAUCAGUGAUUUCCUCAAGGAGGUUUCAAUGAUCGGUAGUGUAUCCGAGAGGUUGUCCAAGCUUGACGAUUUUGUUAAGCGAUUGGAGGAAGAGAUGAGGAAGAUCGACGCCUUCAAGCGCGAGCUUCCUCUUUGCAUGUUUCUCUUGAAUGAUGCGAUUCUAGCUCUGAAGGAAGAUGCAGUGCAAUGUGCGGCACCAAAUGUUCAACCAGUGUUGGAAGAAUUCAUACCAUUGAAGAAAGAUUGUGAAAAAAACAAUGGAGGAACCAAUAACAAUAAGAAAGAAAAAGACUCUAGGGAUAAGAAGAAUUGGAUGAGCUCUGUCCAGCUUUGGAACACUGAUAAUUAUCAACAUCCCUCUACUGAUUUCCCAUAUGAUCGAAAGCAAGUUUCUGAAAUUGAUUCUAAGAGAAAUGAGGCAGAAAAUGGGUUAGCAAAUGAGGAUCCCUUCCAGACGUGUAGAAAUAGGACUGCUGGAAGAGCAUUUAUGCCAUUCAAGACAUACCCUGCUUUCUCUGUCACGGCGGCGAGGAAGGAAGAUAAGGAGGAAUUGCCAGUUCAUGGGCUGUCUUUGCUCACUCCAGGAAUCAAGAAUCCAAAGGAAGAAUCAGCUUCCAGUGGUUCAAGAUCCACUUGUGGCAGGGCAGUCUCCUUCUCUACUGCCAAUGCUCAAUCCAAUAUGCGGACUCCACCGCAGCAACCAACUAGCCGGAAACAGAGAAGGUGCUGGUCGCCGGAGUUGCAUCGGAGAUUCGUCAAUGCCUUGCAGCAACUUGGAGGUUCACAAGUGGCCACUCCAAAGCAAAUUAGAGAACUCAUGCAGGUUGAUGGCUUGACCAAUGACGAAGUGAAGAGUCAUUUGCAGAAAUACCGACUUCACACAAGAAGAGUUCCAGCUGCCACUGCAGCCCCAGACAAUCAAUCUGUAGUUGUUUUGGGGGGCUUGUGGAUGUCCCAAGAUCAAUAUGCUGAUUCUUCAAAAGCUAGUAGUUCCCAAUCUGGCUCACCCCAAGGUCCCCUCCAUUUAACUGGAACCGGUGGAGAUGAUGAAGAUGAUGAAGAUGCAAAAUCUGAAAGUUAUAGCUGGAAAGGUCACAUUCAAAAACCUGGAAAAAAUGAUGUAUAG